AGCCUAGUAUGCAUGAGGGUGCGCGCGCAUCUUGGCAACGGAAGUUGAACAUUGUUGUUGUAGUUAACUUCCUAUAACCGAAGCUAAUAAACAACAGAAGAAACAAACCAGAACACGUGUUAUCACAGCAAAAUGUCGGCGUGCUGCGUGUCUGGCUGUAAAAACCGACAGUCCUCAACCCGCAAACUGAAGUUUUACCGUAUACCGUUUCAGGCCAACCGGAGACGGUUAUGGCUCACAGCGAUCCAGAGAGAGACCGGCAGCACCGAGCCGCUCAGAGGAACCGCCCGGGUCUGUGGCGCUCAUUUUAAGUCCAAGGAAGCGUCCACGGACAGUGAUAGUCCUGACUUUGUGCCUUCAGUGUUUACCUGCACUAAACAAAGCUCCAAGAAGAAAGGGAAAUGGUUCUACGGUCGUAGAAAAAAGCAGCGUCGUACAGCCAAUGUGGAAACAGAAGAAAAAACAACUCCACCUAGAGUUGAUUCUCCUGUGGACCUCCAGUCCUCCAGUCCUGUUUUGAUGGAGGAAAAAAUGCAGACACGAUCAACUCCAUCAAUGACAAAGGAAGGAGAAACACUGACUGAAGAAGCUGAGACUGAAACUGAAACCGCAACAAUCAAAUCACAAACAACAUCCAGCCCAAACAAGGUAUCGCCAUCAUUUAAAGUACCAGCAGGCUUCACAGAACUACACAAAAGGACUCCCAUUUUGCUCCUAAAACGCAUAUAUGUACCAGGAGGGGGAUAUCAGUGUGAGCAUUGCAAUCAGAGCUUCACCAAUGUAUCGCAGCUUUUAAAACACAAACGGCUGCAUGAAGAAGAAAGCUGCUCAAUCUGUGAAAUGUGUGGAAAGAUUUUCACAAGUCAGGAAGACUUCACUGAGCACCAGUGUGUCCAUGAGCCUUCCUUUCCGUGCAACAUGUGCGAUCGAUCUUUCACUACGAGUCACAACCUCAAGCGUCACAAACUGCUGCACGUCAAAGAUGGCAGGAAGUGCCACACGUGUGGCGUACUGUUCUGUCAACGUCAUAACCAUGUUUUAUUCCUGCCGUUGGCCGAAACUGUAACAGAGUAUGAAGAGGAGGAUUCCACCACCGUUGAGCGUCAGUUAUACAAUAAUGUGAUGCCAGAAAACCAUCAGCCGGAGAAGCCUGAGCCAAGCCAGGCUGCUGACCUGGAUGAUGAUGCUCCGAGUAACAUGGCUGUUUCGCCGCUACCCCCAAAGCCUGGUCCUUUAUCUGACCUGGAUGAUGAUGCUCCGAGCAACAUGGCUGUUUCGCCGCUACCCCCAAAGCCUGGUCCUUUAUCUGACCUGGAUGAUGAUGCUCCGAGCAACAUGGCUGUUUCGCCGCUACCCCCAAAGCCUGGACCUUUAUCUAAGACCCAUAAGUCCCCGUCUCCAGUCUCAUAUACAAGGAUCUCAUCAGAAUUCCCUGAACCGGUGUAUCUAAAACCUCCCCCUUUGUCACAUAUACCUCCGCCAGUAGACAGGAUCUUAAGCGACCUCCCACCCGACUAUCCCGUUCAGCCCCUUCCCCCCCAGCAUCUAGAACUCCCACCCUCACUAAAGCUAUUCUCACCACUGUACCUCACCUCAGCGUUUCUUGAGGUUAAGAGAAAUUAUGAAUAUAUUUUAAGCAAACCAAUAAAGGCCGAGAAGAAAAUUGUGAAGGAGGAACAAUGCGAGCUGCCUCUGAUUCCUCCAGAUGAGCGAAGCGUUGAGCUUGUCAAAAAGGAAGGAACUGCUUACGACCUGGAGAUUAAGCUCUGAUUGAAACGGUGGGGGGAAAUGUAUCACUUUAAAAAAAACAAGCAGUGAAUGAAUCAUUUACUUUGUUUCACUACAAU